AUGCUUCUGCUCGCGCUCACCUUAACUGCCGCCAAUCUGAUUUUUGGAGCUGUUUGCAUGCCUCUGUCCGACCAGGGGCCCCACAUCGCCCACAGCUGGGGCCAGGUGGUCCGGUUCAGGCACCUGUAUGCCGCCAGGCCCGGACUGCACCUGCUGAUCGGCGGGGAUGGACAGAUCCACGGCUCUGCGCACCAGACUCCAUACAGCCUGCUGGAGAUCCGCUCAGUGGAUCCGGGCUGUGUUGUCAUCAGAGGAGUAGCAGCUGCACGGUUUCUCUGCAUAGAGGGCGAUGGACGGCUCUACUCAUCAUCUACAGCAGAGAGAGACGACUGCACCUUCAGAGAGCGGAUCCUGCCAGACGGGUACAACGUCUACGUCUCUGACAGCCACGGCGCCCUGCUCAGUCUGGGAAACCACCGGCAGAGGUCGCAGGGUCGAGAUCGAGGCGCACCGUCUCUGGCCCAAUUCCUCCCCAGAGUCAGCAUCCUGGAUCAGGCCUCAUCCUCCGGACUGGACGUCCCAGACCAGCCUGGACAGAGCGCAGUCCAACUAGAAGAACCUUUGGAUACGAUGGACUCGUUUGGGAAGCUCUCGCAGAUCAUUCACAGUCCAAGUUUCCACAAGAGAUGA